AUGGCGUCAGCGCCUCAGUCUUCAUCGUCCUCGAUGACCGUGACCGAGGCCGAUAUCGAGGCCCAGAAGCCCGUCAACAAGGCCAACUACUUCCACGUCCUCUUCGACCAGGCCGGCGUCACACCGGCCGUGCUGGAACGAAAGUACCCCGGUGAGGGUACGCCCGAGUCGCCUUUCGUUGUCGACUUCCUUCCCGAAGAUGCCCAUAACCCACAGACCUUUCCCAUGUGGAAAAAGUGGACCUUUACCAUUCUCCAGGCAAUCGCGACCCUCGCGGUUGCCUUCGUCAGCACCGCCUACUCUGGCGGCAUCGCUGAGGUUAUUCGCACUUUUGGUGUUUCUACUGAGAUUGGCAUCCUUGGAGUCUCUCUUUUCGUAGUAGGCUUCGCUUGCGGUCCCCUAGCCUGGGCUCCGCUAUCAGAAAUCUUCGGCCGUCAGUUCUUGUUCAUCGGCACUUACAUCUGUCUCACUGCCUUCAACGCCGGAGCCGCUGGUGCUCAGAACAUCGAGACGCUCAUCGUCCUCCGGUUCUUCGCCGGUGCCUUCGGCUCUUCGCCCCUGACUAACGCUGGCGGUGUUAUUGCCGAUAUGUUCAACGCCGAGCAGCGUGGCUUGGCCACUGCUAUCUUUGCUGCAGCCCCGUUCUUGGGUCCUUCGAUAGGCCCCAUCGUUGGUGGCUUUCUUGGUGUCGCUGAGGGUUGGCGCUGGAUUGAGGGCCUCAUGGCCAUCUUCACCGGUGUCAUUCUCAUCAUCGUGACCUUCACCGUCCCCGAGACUUACGCCCCCGUCCUUCUCCGUCGCCGUGCCGAGAAGCUUGAAAAAAUCACCGGCAAGCAGUACGUCUCCAAGUACGAGGCUCACCAGGGCCGCAAGACCAUCGGCCAGCAAUUCAAGGUCGCCCUGUCCCGCCCUUGGAUCCUUCUUUUCAAGGAGCCCAUCGUUCUUCUGACCGCCAUCUAUAUGGCAAUUGUAUACGGUACUUUGUACAUGCUCUUCGCCGCCUUCCCGAUCGUCUUUCAGCGUGGCCGUGGCUGGUCUCCUGGUGUUGGCGGUCUCGCCUUCCUGGGUGUUGCCGUUGGUAUGAUCUUUGCCGUCAUCUACACCGGUUUCGACAGCCGACGCUACAUCAAGGUCUCCAAGGCCCACGGCGGUUUUGCUCCCCCCGAAGCUAGACUCCCUCCAUCCAUGGUCGGCGCCUGCCUCCUGCCCAUUGGUCUUUUCUGGUUCGCCUGGACCAACGGUCCCGAGAUCCACUGGGUCGUCUCGAUCAUCGCCUCCGGAUUCUUCGCCGCCGGCCUCGUCCUCGUCUUCCUGAGUCUGCUCAACUACCUCAUUGACUCCUACGUCGUCUUCGCCGCAUCCGUCCUGGCCGCCAACUCCGUCUUGCGUUCCCUCUUCGGCGCCGCGUUCCCCCUCUUCACCACCCAGAUGUACGAGAACCUCGGCAUCCACUGGGCCUCCUCCAUCCCCGCCUUCCUCGCCCUCGCCUGCCUCCCCUUCCCCUUCCUCUUCUACAAGUACGGUCACAUCAUCCGCGCCAAGUGCUCGUACGCCGCCGAGGCCGCCGCCGUCUUGGAGCGCAUGCGCAAGACCCACGAGGAGACCACCGAGGACGAGGCCAUGGCCGAGGAGGAGAAGAACGAGCGCGAGCGCGCCCACUCCGCCGGCGUCAUGUCUGAUGACGAGCGCACGGUGCAGGGCGAGCUCCGCGCCGAAGAUGAUGAGGCCGCUCGCAAGCAGCAGGCCUAA